AACACCACCACCACCUGCCUGCCUGAGGCUGAGCCCAUCCGACCUCAACAAUGUCGGACGGAGAGGAGGCAGAGGGCUCCGUUGCUGAACGCAACGUGUUUAUGAGCCUGGUCUCCCGUGUCAUCAGGCAGCCCCCUUAUAGAUUUCCUGGGCAAUGGGGUAGGCCUAACGAAACAUCUCAACCACGGAUCUUCAAAACACUUGGAAGUAUACUACGCAAUGCAACCUCUGAGGAAUUUGACGCAUUUAUAACAGACUUCAUCUCGUUCGCCCAGGAAGCCCAUGCAGGAGUCGAUACGCAGUUCUACAUAGAGUUCACCAACAUGUGCACCAAUAUCAUUUUGCACUGGGUUUUCACCCACAGGGCAAGCGUGGACAUAGUGAGAACGCUUAUGGCGCGAACGUGUCAUUUGAUGCAAGAUCAAAGUAACACAUUGGCUAUUGCUUGUAGAUCCUUCAGACCCCUGUGCAGCCAGAGUGGAGUGACGCCGUUGAUGUUCGUGGCCCAGAACCGGCAGUAUGAUGUUCUAAAGGUUCUACUGCAGUACGGAAUGUUGGAGCGCGAACGGUGGCCAACUUACAUAGUGAUCUCCAUUCUGUUCAACUCGCCGCGUCUGGAGGAGCUGAACGAGGAAAAUCGAGGGGAUUUGGGUCGAGAAAUCAGGGAGUGCGUGGAACUGUGUUGCAGAGUGCUCACCUCCGUCUGCAUACCUGACAUUGAGAUGCAGAUCAUUUAUGGGCGUGUACCACUGAUUGCGGACUGGCAAGAGUGCAUCCCUACAACCCGUUACCAGGAGCCCUGUGAGCUGAGUCACCUCUGCAGGGCAGUUGUGCGUGGAUGUCUGCUGAGGAAGAAUGGGCUUCCUGCCGGCAUCAAAGACCUGCCUCUCCCCUCACGCCUCCAGUGUUUCCUAAAUCUGGAGCUCUAAAGCCCUGAAGUAGGCCUCUGCUUACUUGCACUUUCUCCAUGGACUCUAUGACGGGCCGGCCCAAUAAAAUUACAUCUGUCUCGACCAAA